AGUUCAGCCUUAUGUAAGCAGUCUUGGCGAUGUAAAGUGCGUCACAGCGCCAAGACUGGGGUCUGGCGGAUCUGGCCAGUGCCCCUCCACCCCACUUUUCGGUUUUCUGGUUGCUCGGCGGCGUGCCUGAAGAAAAUGUUUUGACAUUGCGAUAAGGAUUCGGGGACCCCUCUAUCAGAUUGAUUUCCAAUCAACAACCCCCCCCCCUUUCCACUUUCUACUCCAUUCAUUUGGCUUCUCAAUUGGGUUGUUCAUUCACUUCGGAAUUCAGGCUUCAGGGAUGAGAUAGGCAAAAAUUUUGAUACCCUUUUUCUUCGACUUCGAUACCCCUCACCUUCACCACAAUGGCCGACACCACGACGACAAGCCUGCUCGAGCAGGUCCGCUCAGGCCACUAUGUCCCCGUCCUCACCACCGAGCCCGCAAAGAAGCUCAUCGAGUCAUACGUUAACGCCCUCUACGACUCCGAAUCACAGCAAACUGUCGACACACCAGCCCAGGAUAAAGUCGCCAUCGCCCUCUCAGCAUUCAACACCUUCCUGCAAAUAAAUGUCACCGGCCCCGUUCCCGAUGGUCUUGCGCAAGUCGAGGAGGAGUUCACCACCGCAGCAUCCCGCAAAACUUCCAAGAGCAAGCCCCUGCAACAAACCCGCAAAUUGUGCUUCUCCUCACUCGACGUCGACGGCGUGUCGGUUUAUCAGUACAUCCCCUCCAUCGAACUGUUCUGCCUGGCACGAUGGAUUCUCAGCACGCAAUUGGAGGGAGCGGAGGUCAAGGGUCUGGAAGGCGAGCCGCUGGAGUGGUUGAAGCUGAGAGUCGACGUUUGGCAUUACAAGCUCAUUACCCAGCCGAGCUUAGGAUCGGGGAGCAUCUUCAACAAGAGUCUGCAGUGGUGCGAGGUGCCGAGCUUGCAAGGGAAGAUUGAGCAGGGUUUGAAGGUUGUCGAAGAGGAAGUCACAGGGAAGGACAACAAGGAGAUGGAAGUGAAGUGGUUGGUGGAGAAGGCCAACGUGCAUAUCAUGUUGGGACAAGAUGCAAAGGCGAAGGAGGCGAUUCAGAAGGCGGCCGAGGUCAACAAGUUCCAGUACAUGCUGAGCGGUGCCCUGGGAAAGAGGACCAAGUUCCAGGAGAAGGCCACGAGUCAGCUUGUGGUUCUGGCGAAGAGUGCGGAGGAGAAGAAGGAGGGUGAGGAGGAGACAGACGCCAAGCCCAAGGCCUUGGAACUCAACGACGACACUUUGUUGGAAGAUCUUCAGUUCACCAAGGGCGAGCUGGGAAAACACGGCGAAACAGACGACAAGACUGGCCUUCCUGCGGAACUGAAGGACCUGGAGCCCGAUGCGCAACCCCAGCUUUCCCCCCUGGAUCAGAUCAUCCUGCUGACAGAAGCUACCCUCAAGGACGCGUUCAGCCCAAGUGAUACCCUCACUGCCGAGGAGAUCCUCCCCUUCGCGGUGAGAGUCAUCAACGACAAGAGCACCAACUGGCAGAUCUACACACAAGCGUUGUUGGUGAGGUCGCGCAUCGAGAUGCAUCGUUCCAGGACGAUCGAGCGCGGUGUCUUGCAAAUGCAGGCGGUGGUGGACCAGGUUAUUGUUGACACCACUGCUGCUGCUCCCACAUCUGAGGCCAACGGGGAGGAGGAGAAGAAGUCCGACGUCCCGGCCAUCAAGAUCUCUGCCGAUGGCGAGGUCAUCGAGGACAAGGCGGCUGCUGCCAGCAAGCCCACUUCGUUCUUCCCCGCUGCUAAGCCCGAGGAUUCAGCGCCGGCGCAUGUCCGUUUGCAAUACAUCCACGCUCUUUCCUCUCCUCCUAGGUGGCAUCUUGAGUCUGAGUUGGCCUACUCGUGGGCUGGAGUAGGUUCGUUGGUUUCGGCCCUCGAGAUCUUCAAGCGUCUCCGCCUCUGGGCUGAAGUUGCUCUGUGUCUUGCUGCCAACGCCCGCCAUGACGACGAAGACGGUCGCGGAGCGGGUGGUGAGGAGAAGGGCAGGGCCAUCGUCAGGUGGCGGUUGUUCCAUCGCACGGGUGUUACUGCUGCUGAGGAAGAUGCCGAGGCAGAUGAUGAGGUUGAGAACGAGACAUUGGAUAUCUCCAACUUCAAGGAAGCCGACUUCCAGGGUCCUGAGCGUGUGCCCCCUCCCCCCAACGCACCUCGUCUAUUCUGCAUCCUGGGUGAGAUGGAGGACAAGCCGGAGCACUACGAGCGCGCGUGGGACAUUUCGGGUCAACGGUACGCCAGAGCGCAGAAGUCGCUGGGCGAGUACUGGCUUUCCAAGCAGGAGAUCUUCAAAGCCCGCGACGCCUACCGCAAGGCCGUCGUCGUCAACCGCAUGUCUUCCGAACUCUGGAACCGCCUGGGCGACAUCUCCCUCCGUCUAGGCGACUUCGCCGAAGCUGCUGAGUCUUUCAGCCGCGGCAUCGCAGCCGCCGACCCUAUCGCCGGCGGCGAAGACGCUCGCACGUGGUCCAACCUCGGCUCGUCUCUCUACUCCCUCUACGUCGAGCGCGUCAAAGAACUCAAGGCCGAGCGCGAAGCCGCCGCCAACACCGCCGAACCCGUCAAGAAGUCCACCGAAGUCCUCCCCGACGAAGACGACACCUGCAUCGCCAACCCCGAGCAGUCCCAAACCGACCCCAGCAAGCGCUCCCCCGCCACUCUCCUCUCUCAAUCCCUAGCGGCUUACAAGCGCGGCGCCUCCAUCGCCAACGACAACUGGCGCAUCUGGGAUAACGUCAUCACCCUCGCCGCGCGCGUCCGCCCGCCCGCCGUCUCCGAGAUCAUCCUGGCUCUGAACCACAUCAUCAAGAUCCGGUCCUCCGAAGACGCGCUCGACAUCGACGUGCUCGACCUGUUGUUGAAAGAGUCCGUCCUCAAUAAGGAAAUCCCCGCCGGGUCUGGGGUGUACGACCCGCCCCGCGGCAGCCAGGAACGCGCCGUCUGCGAGUUGUUGGAGAAACAAGUCGCGCUGCUGAUCACGAAGAGACACGACCUCUGGGAACUCCUCGUCCGCGCGCGCGUCUGGAAGCGUGAUUAUGCGGGUGCCAUUGACGCCGCGGAGCGGGCGUAUCGCGCUGCGAUCAGCGGUGCGUCGGCUGGUGGUGGGCUGCUUCCUUCGUCUGGAAUGGGAGAAGGGAGCGAGAAGAGUUGGUUGGAGGAUCAGGAGGCUUGGGAGACGGUGGUGGAACGGACGGAUCGUUUGGUUAGUUUGUAUGAGAAUUAUGGGGAGGGCGUGGAGGAGAUUGGUGCGAAGUGGAAGGGGAAGGCUGGAUUUGCGGUCAGGAGUGUGAUGCGUAAGGCGAAGGAGGCGUGGGAGGGGAGUAAAGAGUGGGACGAUUUGGUUAAGUUGUCAGAGGAGUUGAAGGCUUGAUGGGCUGUGGGCAUGGAUGUGAUGUAAGAGCACGGAAAAGUUAUGUGUUGGUUGGGUACUUCAAAAGUUCAAAAUGGGGCAUGGGAUAUAUUGGUACAUGGUUCACAUAGAAAUGAGAUUUGCACACAUUGUUCACGGGAAGGACUUGGAGACAU